AUGUUCGCGGAUGACGGCUCGCUCUACAUGCGAGGCCUGUUUGGCUUGAACCUUUGCCAGAUCUCUGCGACCGGUGCAUAUAGUGGAGCGGACGCCAAAGCAUAUGAUGCAUUCGCAAAGGAUCUGAGAAAGUUUACGGACCCGAGCAGAAGUAAGUUUUCAAAGACGUCGCUUCGAUUUUAUUCUGCAUACCCGAAAGCGGGCGCCCCUUUCACACCAGAGAAAUACUUGAAGGCGAGCUAUGUGGUCAGAUCUACGGACUGUGACAUGUACAACGUGCUCUUUCAGGGGCGCGUGCCGUCCAUGAUGGAGUCCUGCUACCCGCAGCGCGAUGCGCGGGCCUUCUAUGUCAACAUUCGCAUGUCCGUCCACCCGGGAGAUGAGCUUGCAGUGCACGUCUUUGUUGAGAAGGCGAAGGCUAUGUUCGUUUGUCUCCGAGGAAAAGAGCCGGUACUUACAGCAGUGGGGCACUAUGAGGCCUCGCCUAUCUGCCAAGAGGAGAUCAAAUGCGCCUCACUGAGGCUUCCGAUCAUCCUCAAGUUCUGCAGCGAGGGGACGAAGCCAGCUCCCUGCGAAGACUACGACUUCUCAAAAGUCUGA